UCACUACACGCGCCACUCUCGCGCUCGUGCUCAUCGGUAACGUCCAGUAGCCGCUCGACUUCACACCGCCCUCGACAUGGCGGACAAGUACAUUCUCAAAGUCACCGCAGGGCCGAGCUACGAAGAGCAGAAGCCCGUCGCGGUCAACUCGGAAGAGUCGAUCCACAUCGCCAACGAUCACGUCUCGGUGGACCUCAAAGUACGCAUCCAGAACUACCGUGGCCUGCCCGAAGGCGCCCCCAAGACCUCGCCCUAUUUCGAGCACGAUAAGCACAAGGCCGACCUCUAUUCGCUCGCCUUCACCUUCACCCCGAAGAAGGAUUUCAACGGGCACGACAUCGUCUUCGGCAAUGACUUCGAUCACCCCAUCCGCGACAAGCUACCCCCAGGCUUUAAUCAAGCAUUCAAGAUUGCGACGUGGUUUAUCGAUCCUGGGCUGUAUGGAGACGUCUACGCGGAAGAGCCAUAUUUGUAUAGCCCACUGCUGAGCUCUAUGAACGUGCUGCGCAUUGGACCGAAAGACGAUCGCGAGCAGGAGAAGGUUGAAGAGACUCGCGCCCAGGAAGCGACGCUGGUGUUCGAGGAAGGCGCCGACGGAGAUGGGCAAGAAGUGCGAAAGACCCACGGCCUGCCAGAGCUCGGACCGGCGAGACAAAAGUUCUUCUUGACCGAGCAACACCUCAAAGACUUCACGUUUGAGAAGGGCAGAGAAUAUUCCAACGAUUUCUUCAAUCCCUACCUCGACUUCAAUGACUUUGCUCUCCGCUUGCCGGGUUUCGGUUAUAUCCCUGGCAUCACAAUUCCCAUUAUCAGUUACUGGGACGGUCAGCCACUUCGCUCGCACUCGCUCAGAUAUGUCAUGAAGAAUCGAGCGACGAACGAGCCACUGUUCGUGAUCGUAUUCACGCUGCUGCCCAAAGAAGACCAAGAAGAGUCCCAGACCAUCACACAGCAACCCGAGGAUGAUGACCUAGACUAGGAGUGUGUAGAAAGACCGGGACCUGGUGAAUCGCCAGAGGCCAAACAAACCUCGACAGAAGACAGCCGGUAGCGUCAACCGCACUGAAUUGCGAAUGACAACCUGGGUCAAGUUGUUGCUUUAGACAUGCACUUUGAGCCUUGGGAGCACAUUCCAGGAACACGAAGAUGACUUGAAAGAGAGUUCAUCACUCGCCAGUCAACGAUUCAGAGCGAGCACAAGACGCUGGUCACCGGAGAAGUGGACACGUACGAAGUAACGACAGCAUACGGAGCCUCAGACGAAGCAUGAUAGAUAUCGAUGAUGCAUAUGAUCCACUUGGAAAUCAGUCGCUUAGACGCACGCCAAGACAUCCUUAUUGCAUGGCCCAGGAUAGGAAGCAUUGGAUACAGCAUAGAUCAUUCUCUUGCAUGGCAUCUUUUCAGAAUACACAGUAUGUUGAGAUUUCACUUCUCAAGCAUCAAAGCUAUACACGACGUCUGCA